AUGCCCAAAUCGACCAAGACCAGAACAACGUCGAGACAUGACCCCGUGCAAGUCUCGCAAGCGCUCAACUCCAACUCCUCCGCCAAACUCAAGAAGAAGAAAAGAGACAUUGAACGGGCCCUCGCCAAAAACACCAAACUCCCAGCUGACAAACGCAUCGAAUACGAGAGAGCGCUCAAGGCACUAGACGUGGAGCUCUCCAACGCCCAGCAUAACUUGAAGGAAAAACACAAUGCGUCGAAAUACCACAUGGUGCGGUUCUUUGAGCGCAAGAAAGCCAUCCGCAAAUUGAAACAACUACGCAGGGCAUUCGACGACGUGGCCAAGACGCAAGUUCGCAAAGAUAUCAAAAAGGCCAGGAAACAGCUUAAGCACGGCGAGAUAGACUUGAUGUACGUGGUGCUUUUCCCCAACCUGGAAAAAUACAUCUCGCUUUACCCAAGUGAGACCACCGAGGAUAUGAGUGAUCCUAACGUCAAGCGCGGGUUAAGGAAGACCGAGGCUCGCAGACUCGAGUUUCGCAAAGAAGUUGAGCGGUUGAUGGACCAGGGGAAAGUGGGGUUCACGGUGGACGAUGUGUUGAGUGGUAAGCGGGUGAAGCUGAGCUAUAAGCCGGAGAGGGAGAAACCCGCUCGGGAAAUCGAUGCGCCUGAAGCCAAAGCUGAUGCUAAAGAGGAAGGUGGAAAAGGAAAAGAAGGUGAAGGAGAAGGAGAAGGAAAGACAGGUGAUGAUGAUGAUGAUGAUUUCUUUGAAUAA